AUGUCACAACUCUUUCGUAGAUCGAUAGUAGCAUUACAGAGUCAUGGUAUAUCCUUGAUGCAAGGAAGAGCUGCCCCUGCAAAGGCUGCUGCAAAGAAGAAGGGUGGUGCUCCAUCAAAGAAAAAGAAUUCUACUACUACUACUACAGACAGAGGAACAGCUCCAUUGAAAUUGGAAGCAAUUUCACCAAGCUUAUUUACAACUCAACUACCAUCAGACGCAAACUCUGAAUACCCAGCAUGGUUAUUCGAGAUUGAUGAUCAAUUACCAAGAGAUAAACCAGUUAGAUUGUUGACACCAGAAGACGAAGGUAGAUACUUUAAGCAAAAAGCAAGACACCAAAUCAAAGAAAGAAACGCUAUUAUGUUGGCAACUAAAGGAAAGGGUCUUUAA